CCCUUCAGACCGGAGGACACUGGGCGUUGAGAUUAUAGCGGAAUUUCUCUGUAAAAGAAAUCCAGCAGCUUGAAGAUGUCUGAGCAGAUGGAGGAGAAGAUCAAGAACUACAGGACAGCUCCAUUUGACGCCCGCUUCCCCAACACCAACCAGACCCGCAACUGUUUCCAGAACUAUCUGGAUUUCCACAGAUGUAACAAAGCUCUGUCCGCCAAAGACCAGGACACGGCUCCCUGCGAUUGGUACAAGAGGGUCUACAAGAGCCUCUGCCCUAUGAGCUGGGUUCAGAAAUGGGAUGACCAGCUGGAGUCGGGAACUUUUGCUGGAAAGAUCUGAACUGACACAUUCCUCUAUCAUCAUCUUAGUAUCUUAAUGUGAAGCAUCUACUCUCUCUGUACAGAAGCAACUAAAUAAAUUAUUUAAUGUUACUGUGAA